GACAGCAACAGCACCCACAGUAACACACUGUCUCUCACUCAGUCUACGCUGCUCCUGCCUCGCCUCAACACCUCGUCUGUGUAACUUGUGCCACAACUACCACCAAGAUGCCACGGGACUCUGCUGCCAACCAACUCAGCGAGUUCAAGAAGACCCAGACGGCUCCAGAGCGUCUGACAACAGGCCUAGGAUGUCCACUUUCCGACAGGCUCAACUCCUUGACUGUUGGGCCACGAGGACCCAUACUACUUCAAGACUUGCAACUGAUCGAUGAAAUGGCCCACUUUGAUCGAGAACGCAUCCCAGAGAGGGUAGUGCAUGCCAAGGGUGCCGGUGCUUUUGGAUACUUUGAGGUGACCCAUGAUAUUACCAAGUAUACCAAAGCAAAGAUAUUCAGUGAAAUUGGGAAGCGUACACCAUUAGGUGUCAGAUUUUCGACUGUAGGUGGUGAGAGUGGCUCUGCUGACACUGCCAGGGACCCACGUGGGUUUGCAGUAAAGUUCUACACCGAAGAUGGAAACUGGGAUUUAGUUGGCAACAACACUCCAAUCUUCUUCAUUCGAGACCCAGUUCUUUUCCCAUCCUUCAUUCACACACAAAAGAGAAACCCUGUCACUCAUCUUAAGGAUGCAGAUAUGUUCUGGGAUUUCAUGACCUUGAGGCCAGAAAGCACACAUCAAGCGUCUUUCUUAUUUUCUGACCGAGGAACUCCUGCUGGCUACAUGUACAUGAAUGGCUACGGUUCUCACACUUUCAAGUUGGUUAAUGCGAAGGGAGAAGCAGUAUACUGCAAGUUCCAUUACAAGACUGACCAAGGAAUUAAGAAUUUAACUGCAAGCGAGGCUGAUGAUAUUGCUGGAAGUGACCCAGAUUAUUGUAUUCGCUCCUUGUACAAUAGCAUCUGCAAAGGCGAAUAUCCAUCUUACACCAUGUAUAUCCAGGUUAUGACUUUUGACCAAGCUGAGAACUGGAAAUUCAACCCCUUCGAUUUAACAAAGGUCUGGCCUCAUGGUGAAUUCCCGCUUAUUCCUGUUGGCCGCAUCACACUCGACCGCAACCCCAAAAGCUACUUUGCUGAGGUAGAGCAGUUGGCAUUUUCGCCUGCCAACCUGGUGCCAGGAAUUGAGCCAUCUCCAGAUAAGAUGCUGCAGGGUCGGCUUUUUGCUUAUAAUGACACCCAUCGUCACAGACUUGGAGCGAAUUACCAUCAGAUCCCAGUUAACUGCCCGUAUCGUACCACAGUGAGAAACUAUCAGCGUGAUGGUCCCAUGACUGUGGAUACCAAUCAACCAUGUGCGCCCAACUACUAUCCAAACAGUUUCUCUGGUCCUGUUGACUGCAAGAGAACUGGGUUUGGGGAGUGUACUUACACUCUUUCAGGAGAUGUGUCACGCUACAACAGUGCUGAUGAUGACAACUUUACUCAAGCUGGUAUCUUCUACCGAAAGGUUCUGAAUGAUGAAGACCGUCAGCAUCUUGUGGAGAACAUUGCUAACCAUUUGGUGAAUGCACAGGAUUUCUUGCAAGAAAGGGCUAUCGGCAAUUUCACCCAGGCUUGCCCAGAGUAUGGUGCUAGUGUCCGUAAAGCUUUAGAGAAGGUGAAGACUCAAUUGUCAAAGGCUUCAGCAGCCAAAUUGUAGAUUGUGGAAUGAAAUAUGGCCCCUGUCACCUGAGAUACACACUGAUAGAAUAAUGUCUGUACCAAUAUAUUAGGCCUUUAUGUUUUAGUGGUUCAUAAAUUAUAUCACAGCACAAAAAUUUAUUAUUUUAAUUCUUUCUGCAUUUAUUGCUUGACUUGACAAACAAACCUAAAUUUUAGCUUUGUUUUAGGAGCUUUACAGCUCUUAAAACACUGGUUGUAUGCUAAUUAUGAGCAUCAUUAUUAUUGAUCCUUAUGUUGUCUUGAACCUUGAUGCCUUCUCUCUGGAAACAUGAAAUUUUAUGAAGGGAACAAGUCCUUAUUAUCUUGUAUAUAUUGCAGAAACAUUUAUACCUUAAAAACAGUGAGUACCUUGCUCACAGGGUACAGUAAUUGUGUUUAUCUUAAUAAUCUGACUAAUCAUAUAAGAAAUAAUUGCCGAGGAAGAUUUCCCACAGUAUCAGUUUGAUACAUAUAUUAUUUUAUACUAAUAAAUCUAUAAUCAUAUUCAGAUAUUCAUUAUACUUUAUUCUUGUAUGUUAUUUGAUUAGAGAAACAAUUACUUAAACUUGAAUUACAUAUAACAUUGUAUAUCAGGGGCACAAAGUUUACCAGGUUUGUAACUAUUGGAUUUCAGUGUUACUCUAUAUUUACACUCUGUAUCAUGUGUUGGUGGUUAAAGCUCUUGAGAGGAACAUGGUAGUUUUUUUAAGCUCAGUGUAGUUUUUAAGUUCUUUUUAGUAUGCUACAUACUUUUAUCUUUUAACAUUUAAGGGUUAAUUAGUAACCUGAUAUUCUGGAUGGAAAGUCAAAUACUGUGAAGACAAUGAGGAGAAUGUCAUAAAAGUUUCCAGAUUGAAUUUUUUAGGAUGUUAAAUUUUGAUGAGUAACAGAGGUGCAAAGUGAAAUAUAUAAAAUAGCAGACACUUAGUGUAAAACCGAAAUGUAGUUAAAAGAAUAUUUUGCAUGGAAAGAAAUUAUUUGCUUACUCUGGAUAUUAUUUUCUAUACGUAUUUACAUACUAUAAAAACUGUUGCUGUAUAGCCCUUGUGGCUUAGCGCUUCUUUUUGAUUAUGAUAAUAAUAAUAUAAAAAACUGUCAUGAUUAGUUCCAUCAGCAAGAAUGCAUAUUUUGGUUUGUCCCAUUGUGUGUGUAUUUGCACAUGGUAUGCUAGUUUAUUGGGAGAUAUUAUUAUUAUUAUAAUAAAAAAGAAGUGCUAAUCCACAAGGGCUAUACAGCGCUGCUAUUGGGAGAUAGGAUCUUGGACUAUGAAUAUGCAACAUAAAAAUUGCUUGCUGUGGAAUGUUGUACCUAUUUAUUAAUAAUAUGCAUUAUGGUAGCAUUUUCUUAAGUGUGACAUAAUUUAUAUAAAUAAGCAAGUUAUGGUUUUUAUAUUAGAAACCCUCUUGUGUAUAUGGGAUCGAGCCAUUAAUACAGUUUUUUUUUUUGUUUGUUUGUUUGUUUGUUUUGGGAGGGGGAGGGGCUGGUAAAUGACAUCAUUUGUUUUAAGAACAAAAACUAUAUGGCAAAUACUUUUUCUGUUACUAAAAAAAAGUUUUUGGUACAUUAUUACAACUAAAGUACCUAUGGAGACUGUGCUUUGAGGCAAAUCUAGAAGUCUAGUUUAUUUAGGAAUUUCUUACUAUAGUUCACUAUAUUAGUUGGCAUUAACAUGCUAAACAAUGAAUGUAGGUGCUACUUCUGUUACAGCUAAUUUCUGUGACCAGAUACUAUUAAUAUGGUUGUCUUGGUUUUCAAGGAUAAAUGGUCAAAAAGUAAAUAAACUUACAAUUUACA